ACAACACAGAGCAAGAGAUUCAGAUAGCAAUAAAACAAAACUUAUAUCUUCUUUUCUAAAAAAAAAUGGGGGUCGUAGUAUUCAAGUGGGCAGAGGAAGCUGGAAACAACCAACUGGUGUUGCUUAUGCACAGAGACAACUGGGGAAACAGGAUCAUAAAAGGGGCUUCUUGGGAUGGCCAGAUUUUGAGUGGUCGGUGCGAAGAUAACAACGGAACGUGGUUGGCUAUUUCUCGAGGAGGCCGGGUCGCUUUUCUCAUGAGUAGAACGUUGUUGCUAGACCAAGUUGAUCCAGACUGCGGCACCGAGUUGUAUCCCAUUGAAUUCUUGGAGGGCAAUAUGAGUCCACGGGAUUUUGCCGAGGAGGUGGCACUGCGUGACUAUGAUUUAGAUAAGGGGUGGUCCUAUAGCCUUAUAGUCGCGGACAUGGCUUCCAAUUCAAUGGUUCACUUGAGGAAAUUUCAUCCAUAUGAGCAGGAUGUUUCUAUACAAGACGUUUCGUCUGGUCUACACACACUUUCUCCUCACUGUGGCCUCGACUCCACAAUCUCUGCCAGGGAUGUACGCAUGAGAGAGUAUUUUAGUCGCAUGAUAUUAAAUGGUGUUUUGGGACACGAUGAACUACCACCGCUUAAUGAGAUUGCUAGUGGAGCAACUGAAGCCGGGCUGUUUCUCGAAACUAUGGCUGAGCAUCCGAACCCUGAACUUGGAAUGCAACGCUUUGGAACAACUAGUACGACAGCAUUAGCGUUCAAACGCACUGGGGAAGUGAUGUUCUUUGAGAGAUACGAGCACAGCUUCAAUUUCAACAUCCAGUAGAAAGAGUUACAAACAAAUACUAAGCAGCAUCCAAGUAUAAAAAGUAUAUCUACAUAGUUAAUAAGUAAUCUUGUUGAUGCUGUAAAUACAUCUUUCUACUCUAAUUUACAUUUGUCGAUUCGGGGAAACCUAUUUCCUUGGUCAAACUAAGAGCAUUAUGAUGCUUUAUCUAAUAAAUAAAUAGUUUAUGAUCUUCUAUAACUUUCCUAUGGGUAACUUAA